AUGUUCCUACCUGGCCCUGCCCCUGCCGACCAGGACGGCGAGGACGGAUCGCAAGAGAGCCGGUCCCCGCGUCCUGCCAACUACCGCCGAAGCUACCGGGGGCCUGCCGGCCACGGCUUUGCCUCUAUCCACCGACAAGAUCUUGACGCCGACGACGGUGCUCUUGCUCAUAAGCGUCCCAGGCUUGACAGUUCACCCGAAGGGCCGGUUCCCUCUGUGACCUCGAGCACCUCGUUCGAUACCGUCAGCGAGGAGCCGCCGCCCUCGGCUCUGCGGCGCCGGUCGGGUCAUCUGUACAUUGAGAUCGACAAAGGAGACGGCUUUGACGCCUCAGAGUAUCAGUCCGUCCAGGGCAGCCAGGAAGCUACCCAGUCCCAGUCCGUUUCCGAGCUGGAGAGCCAGGAUCGGAGGGUCGUCAUCGUCCCGGACACGAUACCUGACUCGCAAGACCCCUCAAGCAUCGAAUCACCCGAGCCCCCGCGUGGCGCUCUUCAGCCCAGCCAGGUCUCGGGCGAGGUGCAGUUGAUCAUACCCGAUUCGCAGGGCGACCUAGAACAGAGCAGCAGUCCCUCGCCACCGGCUGCUUCCAUUCCUGCAGCGCUGCCAUCUGGAGAUCCGGAAAGCACUGCUGUACCUGCUUCCGCCGGUGUUGACCAGGAGAUCCCGUCGCAUCAAGACGAACGGAACUCGGUGCAGCUUCCCGACUUGGCUGCUCCAUCUGCUCCACCUGCUGCAGAGGACGCUGCCGACCAGCAAAAACCAAGGUCGGAUCUGCCGCCCCGAUCUGCUUCACCCUUGACCCAGGCUGGCUCCCACUCAGGGUCCGAGCCUGCAUUCUUCACUCAGCCCGCCUUCAUCGCUAGGUCGCAGGCCACGCAGAGCCAGUCUCGGGAGGACAGCCCUGUAUCCUUCGCAGACCCGACAUCUGCCGACGCAGCUCAGUCAUCGCCGCAGGUCGAAUCUCAGGUGCCCAACUUGUCGCAAGCGGCACAGAUCCUGGACCGCCGGUACCAGAUAGACGUCCAAGAGGAAUUGGACAGGGACAACGGAUCAACCUUCGGACCGGGAGGCUACCCGGAUGACAAGCAGUCCUCAGAAGUUAUCGAUACCGCCCACGGCAAGGAAGCAUCUCAGCCGCCGCCGGAAGCGAACGUUUCGGGGCAAGAAUCCAGCCAUCUAGACCCGGCCGAGGACCGGUUCACCUCGAAAAUGUUUCCUUCACACGAAGACGGACCACCGGAGAGCGCCGAGACGCCGACGCCAUCGCGCAUAGACCAGCUGCGAAGUCUCUGGUAUGGUCCGGAAGACGAACCAGGCUAUGUGGCACCAUCGCAGAACCCGCCUGCCACUACCACUACGGUUGACCCGUCGGCCCUGGUGUCGUCGGGAGAGGGGGCGCGGCCGCAGUACCUGACCCAGGCUGGACGAGGCCCGGAUUCGUGGCGUGAACCACCUAUAAUACAGGGCUUCAUGACCUCGCAGUCGCCACCAGCGUCCGGGUCGCUGAGGGACCUGCAAGACCCUCCACCGGGAACCGUGUCACCGGCAGACGUCAGCAAGCCCGGCGAGACCGAGAGGUCGCUGGCACUCCUGCCGUCGCUCGGUGCCGACCCGGCAGACCUAUCGCCCGCGCCGUUUGAAUCGUCAGACAAUGCCGUCACCAUGGCCCAGGCGCCGCCUCAGACAGACGUGGGAACCCCCGCGUCGCCAUCCCCAUCUGUCGACGAUGAUGACGACGGCGGUAACAACAGCAGCAACCGACACCCCCGCGAAGAGGAUGACCCCGUAGGGGAGGAGUACACGGUCACUCUGCCGCUGCAGGCCAGCAUGCGCCAGCUGUACUACGAGACGAUGCUGCGCUACAAGCACGACAUCACGGCGUUUGGCGACGCCUUCCACAGCGAGGAGUUCGUGCCCCCCGCCGAGUCCCUGGUCAAGACGGUCGACGAGCUGCUCGGCCGCCUGCAGUCCCUGUGCGACUACCCAGAGGACCUGAUCGGCACCUCGAUCGAGAGCAUGUCGCCCAAGGACAAGACCAAGUACGCGACCGACUCCAACGCCAAGUUCAGCUUCCUGUAUGAGUUUCUGCAGCACGUGACCAAGCAGACCAACGUGCUCGUAGUCGUGCAGUCGGCUAACCUCCUCCGCCCUCUGUGCGACCUAGUCGAGACGCUGGGACUCGAGUGCUCCUGCGGCGCCGUCGGCCGCCACCACGGCGGCGGCGGCUCCGACGCAUACUCAACCGUCCACGUCGCCAUCGCCCUGGCCGACGGCGACGAUUACGGCGACUACACGGUGCUGGCACCCCCCGACCUCAUCAUCGGCUACGACUCGGCCUUUGACAGGUCACGGGUGGCCUCCUCGCUGCUGGAUCGCAAGAGCGACGCCCACGCCGACGUCCGACCCCCCGUCCUGCGGCUCGUGACCUCGUACACGAUCGAGCACAUAGAGGCCAACAUAUCCGACGCCUCGACCGGCCUGGAACGCAAGGGCAUCCUUCUAUUCGGACUGGUCAAGGCCCGCAGGCUCAUCAACGAGCCGCCACAGUCCCUCGAGCCCUACGAGGUCGCCAGGAUGUUUGCCGAUUACGUCAAUGGCGACGAGGAUGCGCUCGUGACCUGGGAGCCUGCCGCGCUGCCCGACGACGUGCUCGAUGUUUACCUCAGCUCCCAGUCUGCUACGCAGCAGCAUGGCGUGGAUCAUGGGCGGAAACGCAAGCUCGACGAGGACGAGGACGAGGAAGAGGAAAGAGGAGAUGCCGAGAGCAAGCGGAUCAGACGCCUCUCCCGAGCCGCACGAGCAAACUCAGCCCCUCUGCCCGAUGAGGUACGGAAACUUCUGGAGAAAGCAGGCUUCAAGGGCGAGACCACAGCCGACGAGUCCCAAGUCGGCCUGCCCAUCAGCAUUCUGGAGACGCUUGCUGCACAGAUGGCCGAAGCUCAGCGCGCGGCAGAGGCCAACGACCUGGAAAAGGAGUACAAGUCGACGAUCGACCGGCUGGACAGGCAGGUCAAGGAGUUCGAGUCUUCGAUGGAGCAGGUCUACGAGAACUACCGCAACGCGAUCCAGGACCGCACCGCGUUCGAGCAACAGGCGGCUCAAGCCAAGGCGGCACUCCAGACCAAGACGGACGAGGCGGCCAAGGCGGCGGACAAGUGGUCGGGCAAGAUCGCCGACCUGGAGGCCAAGGUGGCGCGACUGACGGGAGAGGGGGCGGUGGCGUCGACGGAGAAGCUCCUCCAGGAGACGCAGGCCAAGAGCGAGGUUCUGGAGCGGCGACUCGAGACGUCGCACAAGAACGAGGAGUACGCGCGGCAGCUCUACCAGGAUGCCACCCAGGCGACGUCUGCGAUGCGCAGCGAACGCGACGACCUGCGCGACCAGAACGCCGAGCUGGCGCGGCGCGCCUCGGAUAACCUCCGCAGCGUACACGAGAUCCAGCGCUCCAACGUGGCGCGCGACCUGACGGGGCAGAUUGCCGAGCUCAACACCCGGCUCACGGAGCGGGAGUCGGAACUGGACCGCGUCAGGGAGGAGCUCCGCGUGCUCAGGGCGAGCCGGCGAGAGACGCGCCAGGUGAGCGUCCCGCGCAGCCCGCACAUGAGCGGCAUGAGCCCGCGAGCCCCGGCAGUUCAGCACCGCUCGGCGCUGGGCGGCGUGGGCAGCUCAUCUGCCAGCAGGGGGGCCAGCCCGACACCCGGGCCGCCGCCGCUCCUACCGGCCGACGUCACCUCUUCCACGGCGCCUACUACGCAGCUCACCAGCCCUCAGGGAGGGGUGGGACGGUGGGGGCAUCUGAGGUGA